ACUACUUCCAAAAUAAAAAUAAAAAAACGGAAAAUCCCCAAAAAGGUAAAAGGAGAAAAAGAAAAUCCCCAAAAUCGCCCUAAAAAAUCUUGGAAGAACUCCGACCCCGGCGGAAACCUCUCCGAUCUUUCGAAAAUUCACCGAUCAUAUCUUCGGCUUCUCCUUCUUGUUUCGCCUCUAGGGUCUGUAAUCUCUGACACUUGCUCCUUUGAUCCUAAUUUUGUCUCCUUAUCUUCCUCGCGUGUUUGAGUUCACUCACUCACACGUGCGACACUCGAUCAUCACCGACUCUCUAUUGCCUCUGUUCUACUGCGUUUCGUGGUCUCGAUCAUCGUAACGAUUUUGUUUCCGUGACCUUUCGAGAGAAGAGAGUUUGUUUCUUUGUUUCGAGGUUGUUUUUUUGAUAUAAUUGUGGGGAUGUUCGGAUGUAUUUUGGUUGCUUUCUUGUUGCUCCUCUCGCUAUUUUCAUCCAAUGUUGUUGGUUUUUGCAAUGCUUUUUGAUCAUGUCUAGUCUUAGACUCUUAUCAUUCGAGUUCAACUGUAGACUAAUGUGAACGAAUGCAGAAUUAAAUUGUUGCUUCAUCUGGUGCUGGUGCUAGUGGAGGGCCUUCACGUAACAUCGCUGGUCCUAUGGACCAUGAUAACCUGAAACUCCGGCAGUACAUGCAAAACUUUGUCUUCAACAUUCUACUGCAACGGCAACAAUCUCCUGUUGAUGCUGCGUCAAAGGCAAAGUGUAUGGAGGUUGCUAGACGCUUGGAGGAAGGGCUGUAUAAGAUUGCUAACUCAAAGGAGGAUUACGUGAACCGGUCAACCCUUGAGUCUCGGAUUAUGGCCCUAAUGAAAAGCAGAUACAUGAGUAACUACAAUCAGUUACUUGCUGAUUCCUCUUCGGUUGGAGCGAUGAUACCUACUCCAGGAUUAUCACACGCAGCGGGUAAUCCUAGUUCGAUGGUUACAACCUCUGCUGAUGCUACAGUAGCUGGAAACAACAACAGCACAAGUACAGCUGUGAACACUGGAAACCUUCUAGCUGCUGGUGGCAUGCAUGAAGGCAAUGUCUCUACUGGAUACCAACAUUCAUCGAGAAACUUUUCUCUUGGUUCCGGAGGGAACCUGGCAUCCUUGGGUUCUCAAAGAAGUACUGCCCAGAUGAUUCCUAUACCUGGGUUCGCUAGCAAUGGUACUGAUAACAACAGUGAUGGAUUUUCUGCUGAGAUCACGAUGGUACUUCAGUCUCAGCAACAGCAGCAAAGGCAGGAUAUUGGUGGUCAAAAUAUUCAAAUGUUUUCAAACCAAAUGACUGCUGGCCGUAGACCUGACAUGCAACCAAAACCGGCUGGUGUGUCCAAUAUCUCUGUAAAUGAUGGUGUUGGAGUGAACGAAAAAAGUGUAGAGCCAGGGGAAGGUUAUAGAACAAAAAACCCUGACACCUUUGGAUUAGGAAUCCGACAGAUUCAGCAAAUGUUACGCCCUCAGAAUAUAGGUUCUGAUCCUAAGAACAGUUUUAGAAAUCUUGCUGUUGGAGUAGAAUUAGAACCCAGUCCACGGGGUCAAUGGCCUUCCCAGUCUCAGGAAAACACUCAAAAUUCUAAUGGUAUGUCAAGUGAACAGAAGGCUGAGGAGGGUUUCCGUCGAAGAAGUACCGGAAUAGAUGAAGCUCAACCUAAUAAUUUGACCGAAGGGUCUGUUAUUGAUCAAAAUCAUACUUCUACCAUAUCCGAAUCCCAUAGUCUGCAAAAUUCUAUUGCAUAUCAACAGAGAUGGCUCUUGUUUCUACUUCAUGCACAGUCCUGCAAACCGCCAGUAGGGAAGUGCACAGAGCGAAAUUGCGUUACUGUUCAGAAACUAUGGAGUCACAUGGACAGUUGUGUAAAACCUCGGUGUUUGUAUUCGCGUUGUGGUAUCACAAAGUCAUUGAUUAUCCACUUUAAAACCUGCAAGAAUAUUCGGUGCCGCCUCUGUGUACCAGUGAGAAGAACCUACAAUCAGCAACAAGCUAAUGCGCGUCUCCAGGCCCGUUCACAAAACAAAAGCAUCGCGGUGAACAGAGAUGUAGUAUCAAAUGAUUCACUGUGCGCUACUGCUGGAGCUGUUUCUAGUGCCCCUGGCUGUGCUGACACUUUAGAUAAUUUGCAAGCUUCAUCAAAACGGUUGAAAGUGGAGCCGUCUUUUCAACCAGUGGUCUCUGAUACUGAAAGUUGUAAAAGCUCCACUGUUUCAAAAACAGAAACAGAAUUAUCUCAGGAUGCUGAAAGAGAGGAUCAUAGGCACAGCGAUGCACAUGCGGUAUUGAAGUCGGAGAACGUGGAAGUGAUAGAAGAAAUUUCUGAUAUUUCUGUUCAAGCUGGAUUCGGCAUCAAAGAGAAACAGCAUGAAGCUUUUGAAAAUGAUCCCAAGCAUAGGCCUGUCAGUGAACCAGGUCAACAUGAUCUAUCUGGUGCCUCGCCAAAGCAAGAAAACAUAAAAAUGGAGCAAGAGACGAAGAAAGAAGUUCUGGUGGAGUCUGCUUAUGUUGUUGCAUCAAAAUCUGGAAACCCAAAGAUAAAGGGUGUUUCUUUGACUGAAUUUUUCACUCCCGAACAAGUGAGAGAACAUAUUCGUGGUCUUCGUCAGUGGAUUGGCCAGAAUAAAGUCAAUGCAGAAAAGAAUCAGGCCAUGGAGAAUUCGAUGAGUGAGAAUUCCUGCCAGUUAUGUGCGGUGGAGAAGCUUACGUUCGAGCCACCACCGAUUUAUUGUACUCCUUGUGGUGCUCGUAUCAAAAGAAAUGCGAUGUACUAUACAGUUGUAUCUGGUGAACAUCGGCAUUACUUUUGUAUUCCCUGUUAUAAUGGAUCCCGAGGAGACACUAUACUCGCUGAAGGGACUUCGAUGCCGAAGGCAAGACUCGAGAAAAAGACAAACGAUGAAGAGACUGAAGAAUGGUGGGUCCAGUGUGAUAAAUGUGAGGCCUGGCAGCAUCAAAUAUGUGCUCUAUUUAAUGGGAGAAGGAAUGAUGGGGGGCAAGCUGAGUACACCUGCCCGAAUUGCUAUAUACUUGAGGUAGAGCACAAUGAGAGAAAGCCUUUGCUUCAAAGCGCUGUUCUUGGAGCGAAAGACCUGCCAAAAACGAUUCUCAGUGACCAUAUAGAGCAGCGGUUGUUUCAAAGGCUGGAGCAGGAAAGGACUGAGAGAGCCAGGGCUCAAGGAAAAAUUUGUGAUGAGAUUCCUACUGCUGAAUCCCUUGUUGUUAGAGUUGUUCUAUCCGUUGACAAGAAGCUGGAAGUCAAAUCUCGAUUUCUUGAAAUUUUUAGGGAGGAUAAUUUCCCCACAGAAUUUCCAUACAAGUCCAAGGUGGUUCUAUUAUUCCAAAAGAUUGAAGGUGUAGAAGUUUGCUUGUUCGGGAUGUAUGUCCAAGAAUUUGGAUCCGAAUGUUCAUCUCCUAAUCAUCGUCGUGUGUAUCUCUCGUAUCUGGAUUCUGUGAAAUACUUUAGACCUGCGAUUAAAUGUGCUUAUGGAGAGGCUCUGCGCACUUUUGUAUACCAAGAAAUUCUAAUUGGUUACCUGGAUUACUGCAAAAUGCGUGGUUUCACAAGCUGCUAUAUAUGGGCUUGUCCACCACUGAAGGGUGAUGACUAUAUCCUAUAUUGCCAUCCAGAAAUUCAGAAAACGCCAAAGUCUGAUAAACUACGGGGGUGGUACUUAGCAAUGUUGAGAAAAGCUGCAAAGGAAGGGAUUGUAGUGGGAACUACAAAUCUGUAUGACCAUUUUUUCUUGCAAAUUGGUGAAUGUAGAGCUAAGGUUACGGCAGCUAGGCUCCCGUAUUUCGAUGGUGACUAUUGGCCAGGUGCAGCAGAGGAUAUCAUACAACAAAUGUGUCAUGAAGAUGAUGGUGGAAAGGGAAAUAAGAAAAGAAUUCUGAAGAAACCCAUUACAAAAAGGGCUCUAAAAGGAUCCGGCCAGUCGGAUCUGUCUAGGGAUAUGUCUAUAGAUCAGCUGCUAAUGCAUAAACUUGGUGAGACCAUUCGCCCCAUGAAGGAGGAUUUUAUCAUGGUUCACUUGCAGCCUUGUUGCACGCAUUGCUGUACACUGAUGGUAACUGGAAAUCGUUGGGUCUGCAGCCAGUGCAAAGACUUCCAGUUAUGUGACGGGUGCUAUGAGGCUGAACUGAAACGAUGGGGCAAAGAAAGGCAUCCUGUUAAUCAAAAGAAUCAACAUACACUGUAUCAUGUUGAGAUCACCGAUAUUCCUGCAGACACCACGGAUAGAGAUGCGAUACUUGAAAGUGAAUUUUUUGAUACGAGGCAAGCAUUCCUGAGUCUUUGUCAAGGGAACCAUUAUCAGUAUGAUACACUGAGGCGGGCAAAACAUUCCUCAAUGAUGGUGCUUUAUCAUUUGCACAAUCCAACUGCUCCUGCUUUUGUCGCAACAUGUAACGCAUGUCACCUCGAUAUCGAAAGUGGUCAAGGUUGGCGUUGUGAAGUUUGCCCGGACUACGAUGUAUGCAAUGCUUGUUACAGUAGAGAAGGCUGUGUUAAUCAUCCUCACAAGUUGACAAAUCGUCCGUCACUAGGUGAUCAGAAUGCUCAGAAUAAAGAAGCUAGGCAAUUGCGAGUCUUGCAGUUCACGAUAAUGCGCGAUCUUCUGGUGCAUGCGAUACAAUGCCGUCUUGCUAAAGAUUGUCAAUAUCCCAACUGCCGCUAUGUGAAUAGGCUAUUUCAACAUGCCGUCCAUUGCAAAAUACGUGUUGGAGGAGGCUGUGAUCGGUGCAAGAAAAUGGUGCAUCUCUUGCAAAGCCACGCUCGGGCCUGCAAUGAAUCAAAUUGCGAUGUAGUUCGAUGCGGGGAGCUGAAGGAACAUCUGAGAAGGAUACAGCAGCGAUCAGAAUCACGGCGCAGGGCAGCCGUCAUGGAGAUGGUGCGACAGAGAGCCGCAGAAGUCGCUGGGACCUCCGGUUGAUUCAGUUGCAUAUAUUUAUUUGAUUUAGGAUAUAUAAACAAAAGCGAAAAUCUAAUUUUCCUUCCGAAAGGUAAUUCACUUGAAGAAGAAGACAACGAUGUGAAUAUUACCAGCUAGUGAAGAAGCAUGGAUUCAAACCCAAUAACGGUUUAACAGAUAGAUUCGUAUUUUUUUUUGUCACAAGUCAUGGAGUGAUGAUGAUGGUGGUGAUUAACUUGGGGCACAAGCUCUCGGGUGCCCAUUUUUAGUAGAAGGAUCUUAUGCUCUGGUUGUUAGGUUUCAAGACUCUUUAGUUCAGUUCAGUAGCUUGAUCUGGAUGGUGAUUCAAUGACACUAUAACUUCUCUGUUUUUGCUUACCAUAACUUCUUCUAGUCAAGUAAGAUGAAGAGAGUGUAUAUGGGGGGAGACGUCUGUUAACAUUUUUGAAUUCACUGUGUUAAUAACAUUCUCACAUCCUUAAUUGGAAUAGGUUUUGGUUUUAACAA